AUGAACUAUAACGGAUACUCAUUGAUUCUGUCAGCACUAAAGACACAGGGACCAAUGACAAGGUCCACAUUGUGGGAGCUGGUCAAGGACUCACAUCUCUACGCCAGCACACAUCACUUCAAGACACAUAUGGACAUUCUGGUGACAACUAAUCGCGUGGCCAGAUCAGCGCACAAGCAAUACAGCCCCAAGCUGGGCAAGGACCUGAACAAUCUGUUCAAGUUCUCAUUUGUCGACGAUCAUAAGCGCAACGAGCUGACGGACGACCUCAUGAAUCAGGCCAACGCCUACCUGCAAAAGACACUGGAGGCACAGCGCAAGCGCAAUGAGCAGGAGCUAUUGUUGAAGGCUCAGUCAGACAAGGACAAAGAGGUCAACAAGCUGAAGGAUCAACAAAACAGAGAGGAGGACAAGAAGAAGAAGGCAGUGCAGGAGAAGAAGAGAGUACAAGAGGCCAUGCAAAAGAGUGCAGAGAUGUAUGACCAAUAA